AUGUCGCACGGGGACAUCUUGGUGAGACAGGUCUCCGAGACGGACGUCGACGCCAUCACGACGAUCUACGAUGACGCCGUCACGAACAGCACCGUCACGUACGACGAGGAAACCCCCAGCCGAGGCAUCAUGGCGCAGACGAUCUCCGAAAUCAAGGAUGAAGGCCUCCCCUAUCUCGUGGCCGAAGUCCGUGACUCCAACGGUCCAAAGGUCCUUGGCUUCGCCUUCGUCAGGCGCCCGGCCCAAUACUACACCGCCGAGACCAUAAUCUACGUGGCUGACGGCGAGAGAGGGCGUGGCGUGGGCCGGCUGCUGAUGGAGGCGCUUAUCAAGGAGUGCAAGCGGCAGGCCUUCCGCCGGAUGAUGGCUCCCAUUGGAGACGGCCCGGGGAACGGGGCCAUGGUCGCGUUUUUUGAGAAGCUGGGCUUCCGGUGCACGAGGCGACUCAAGGGCCAUGGAAACAAGAAUGGGAAGAGUCUGGACACAUUUUUGAUGCAGCUCAAUAUUCAUGGGGGAGCUGUUCGCCCGCCGGAUCACCGGGCGAAGCCGGAGUGA